GUGUACAGAGGACCAUGAAUCUCCACCAAGUUCUCACUGGGGCAGUCAACCCAGGGGACAAUUGCUUUUCUGUCGGGAGCAUAAACAACGAACCCUUCACGGCAUACGCUUCUGGCUGUGACAUAGUGAUUUUGGGUAGCGACUUUGAGAGACUUCAGAUCAUCCCAGGAGCAAAACAUGGGAAUAUUCAGGUGGGAUGUGUGGACUGCUCUCUCCAAGGUGGCCAGAUCGCAGCAUCGUAUGGAAGCAUCAUCUGUGUCUUUGAGCCUAUGCAGAUCAUCAGUCAGAAGGAAAAGCCGCAAUCUGUGAGUCACUGGCAGAAAACAGGCCAGUUUGUUUUGCAGUCAAUAGCACACAACCUCGCGUGGAACCCCACAGGUACUAGUCUCUUGACGGGGUCUACUUCAUUGCAAUUAUGGUCCAAUGUAAGCUACCACUGCGACACAGAGCUAGAAUCAAACACAACAAAUAGUGACCCUCCAUGCUCUUGGAAGUGUAUAUGGCAGUGCAAGACUGCAUCAUCAAUUCACUUUAUAAAGUUCUCUCCAGAUGGAACGUUUUUUGCUACUGCAGGACAGGAUGACUGCCUGGUCAAAGUGUGGUACAGCACAAGCAAAUGGCAGUCAAAUGUCACUAAGCUUUUCACACCACCAGAGCAGAGGUCACAGGGUGAGAUCAACUUCUCCUUCAUCUAUCUGGCCCAUCCUCGCUCGGUCACGGGCUUCUCAUGGAGGAAGACCAGUAAAUAUAUGCCAAAGGGUUCUGUCUGUAAUGUGCUGCUGACCUGUUGUAAAGACAGCGUGUGCCGCCUGUGGGCAGAGACUUUGCUUCCCAGUGACUGUCUGCUGUCAGGACUUAAGCACAACCACAGUAACAGUCACAACACCGAAAGUCUCAAGACGUCAGGCGACGCGAAGAAACUCUCCCCCAACAUGAAAACGCAGAGCCGGAAUACCCUGGAGCUGAACUUGAAGGACUCAUGGAGAGGACAGACAAAGUUUUCGGGUAUUCCUUCACACAAUAGCCUGUUCCCUCAACCGCAGAAUAAACAUCACACCCACAGGACCAAUACGCCACAUGCCAAUGCACUCUGCCAUUUCCACAUCGCAGCCAGUAUCAACCCAGCCACAGAUAUCCCCCUUCUUCCUUCUAUUUCCUCUCUGAAUGGCUUGGAUGAGGAGGAAACUGGCAGCUUGUUCACUGUGCACUGGCUCAACAAUAAAGAGCUUCACUUUACCCUGUCCAUGGAGGUGUUUCUCCAGCAGCUCCGGAACACUGUGGAGCAGCAGAACCCUCCACAGGCCAGCCAGGCAGACGACGGUCAGUAUCAGACACACUUCGGCGAGGAGGCUGUUGCAGAUUCGCCUGAAGGCCGACAGGUGGAGACAGGAGUGGAGGCUGCUGUCGUCCCCCUACCUGUGGCCGCUGUGGAACACCAGGUAGAUGUUUUGCUGGAGGAUUGGAACAAGGCAGCAGACAUGUUAUUCAGCAUCCAUCCAAUGGAUGGGUCUCUCUUAGUGUGGCAUGUUGACUGGUUGGACGAAUACCACCCCGGAAUGUUCAGGCAAGCACAGGUGUCAUUUGUAUCCCGGAUCCCUGUGGCCUUCCCCACUGGCGAUGCUAGUUCUCUUAGCCGUAGUGUGGUAAUGUAUGCCUGCAACAAAAAUGUGGACCUGGCCAUUCAGCAAGGUCGCCAGCGACCUGCAGGCCUUGCUCGUUCCUCCUCUGUUCUGAUUGGCCUGAGUCAGAACAAGGCCUCCAACAGCCUACGCUUGAGCAUCUUCACCCCAAACGUGCUCAUGAUCUCAAAGCAUGACGACGGCUCGCUCAACCAGUGGGCUGUAAGCUUCGCCGAGGAGUCAGCCUUCUCCACCGUCCUCAGUGUCUCGCACAAAUCCCGUUAUUGCGGCCAUCGUUUUCACCUCAACGACCUGGCGUGCCAUUCUCUCCUCCCGUUGCUGCUCACCACCUCCCACCACAACGCACUUAAGACCCCAGAGGUGGACGGCCUCCUUGCCCACACGCCGGGGCCCUUCCCUGGCCGGAGAAGCAAGGUAUCCACGGGUGCAGUGUCGCAGGACCCCAAUGCUAUUUACAGUGAGCUGAUCCUCUGGAGGGUGGACCCGGUGGGGCCGCUCUCCUUUUCCGGAGGAGUGUCAGAACUGGCCAGGAUCAACUCUCUCCAUGCUUCUGCCUUUUCCAAUGUGGCCUGGUUGCCCAUGCUCAUCCCUAGCAACUGCCUGGGUGUGUAUGGCAACUCGCCAAGUGCCUGCUUCGUGGCAAGUGAUGGUCACUCUUUAAGGUUAUAUCAGGCUGUUAUUGAGGCCAAGAAACUGCUGAGUGAACUCUCCAACCCCGACAUUUCUAAAUACUUUGGAGAAGUGUUCAAUAUCAUAAGUCAACAGUCAACUGCAAAGCCAGGCUGCAUAAUCGAGCUUGAUGCUAUCACUGACUUUCAGGGGAAGGAGACCCAGCUGCUCCAUGUGUUUGAAGAGGACCUGAUCUUGGGAAACGACAAGAAAGAUAAUUGUGCACAGGACGUUCCGCCCGCAGAGCCUGCCCCAAGCCCGGCAGUCUUCUCUGCACGCUUCUUUUUGGUGGUGGUAGAGUUUUCACAAAGCGGGAGAUCACUCCUACACAUGUGGCACCUACAGCUGGCAGCCAUCCCUGUAACAGUAGGUGAGUGAAUGUCUACUCCAAGUGAACGAGAACCUGUUACUCCAACACCUAAUCACUGCACACAAUUUAGUUCUGAGACUUUCAGCUCCCCUCCAGCUCACAGAAGCAAAUUAAACACGUCCAACCUGCAGAGUGCUUGUCGUCUCACCCUGACCAGUCAAAGAGUGUUCAGUCAGGAGCUAAAUCUUCCUGAGGGUGUUGAAGUCAUUCGGGUAACACCUGCAGCAGGACAUUUGAGUUCGUCAUCCUUGCAGCCAGCUGGACGGGCGCCAUAUCUUCUGGCCACAUCCUGUUCAGAUGGCAGUGUAAGGUUCUGGAGGUGCGUCACAGCUGCUACGGAACCAGAUGCCUCUGGGGAGCUGUCUUAUGUUUGGGAGGAAUGGCCUUUACUCACGGAAGAGGGUCUGGCCAAUAGUAGUUUAGUAAAUGUCCCAGGCAGGCCAGUGAGCAUCAGCUGCUGCCACACCAGCAGAGUGGCUGUCGCCUACAGGAAUUUAGACUCUGCCAAAGACUCAUUAAUGCACGUGAGUAUUUUCCAGUGUGAGUCUACUGGAGGCUCCCAGUGGGUCCUGGAACAGACUCUUGGCUUAGAUGGAUCCAGCCCCCCAGGCUGUAGCCUGACCACUUCUGAUAAAAGCUUGACUGUGCCAAGCAAUCAGGAUGGUUUAGUGAUGAAAGAGGACUGCUUAGGCUCUGGAGGCAAGAGCCUUAUUCAUUUGGACUGGGUCUCCAGAGAGGAUGGCUCUCAUAUUUUGACAGUGGGGCUGGGCUCCAGACUCUACAUGUAUGGGCUGCUGUCCGGGAAGCCUCCUGAAUUGGGCUUGUCGGAUGGGAAAAAGGAGGGGUCAAGAGAGCAACACUCCUCUCGGCUGGUUCUGCUUCGUGCUGUGGAUUUGGUCUCCUCUGUGGAGGGCUCCCUUCCCAUUCCAGUCUCCCUGUCCUGGGUGAGGGAUGGCAUCCUGGUUGUAGGCAUGGACUGCGAGAUGCACGUCUACUCCCAGUGGCAGCCUCCAGCCCCAGUUGGGUCAGCAGUAACCACAACCUCUGAUACUGAUGUUGGCAGUGUGACGUCCCUUAUUGCUGCUGUGAAGCAGAGUCAUGAAGACAGCCCAAACCUCCAGCCUCCAAGGAAAACCUUGACCAGAUCUAUGACAAGUCUGGCCCAGAAGCUCAGUGGAAAGAGAACCAUGUAUGACCUUCCUGCUGAGAUGGAAGAUUCUGGGUUGUUUGAGGCUGCGCACAACCUGUUCCCUACCUUGCCACAGUACCACCCAGUGCAGCUGAUGGAGCUUCUGGACCUGGGGAAGGUUCGGCGGGCUAAAGCCAUCCUUUCCCACCUGGUCAAAUGCAUUGCAGGUGAGAUUGUGGCACUUAAAGAUGCCACCAUCAACCAGGAGCGUCGCUUGCGUUCUCUCACCAUCUCCGCCAGUGGUAGUACUUCACGGGAUCCUAAGAUCUUCAGCAAAGCUGAAAUCUCUGACUACAUUGAGAUCGACUCCAUUCCGCCUCUUCCUCUGUAUGCAUUGUUGGCUGCUGAUGAGGACGUGACCCCCCAGCCCAAAGACCAGAUGGCCAGUGCAAGCGGGGACAACGGCCAAGGCUCUGGUCGCACAGAUGCCUAUGACGAGCUGUUCCAGGCUUCCCACCCAACUCUGGAAGAACUAGACCCCUUGGAUGGCGACCAGGAAGAUGCCAAUGCCAAAGUCAUUGACCUGUCUCAGUAUGGCCCUACCUGCUUUGGGCCGGAACAUGCCCAGGUUCUGUCCAGUCACCUUUUGAACUCCAGCUUGCCGGGCCUGACCAGGAUGGAACAGAUGUCUCUGAUGGCCUUGGCUGACACCAUCGCUUCAACCAGCAUAGACAUUGGGGAAAGCCAAGGCAAAAGUCAGGGUGGAGAGACACUGGAUGAAUGCGGUUUGAGAUUCUUACUGGCUGUGCGCCUUCACACUUUCCUGCUAACCUCACUACCUCCUGCUCACCGAGCCCAGCUGCAGUGUCAAGGACUGUCCACAUGUCACUAUGCCUGGGCCUUCCACUCGGAGGCGGAAGAGGAGCUGCUUAACAUGCUGCCAGCCAUGCAGAAAGGCGAGCCAACCUGGCCAGAGCUUAGAGCUAUGGGGGUGGGCUGGUGGCUCCGGAGCACCAAUAAACUUCGCCGGUGCAUGGAGAAGGUGGCAAAAGCAUCUUUUCAAAGAAACAAUGAUCCCUUGGACGCAGCGCUCUUUUAUCUUGCUAUGAAGAAGAAAGCAGUGGUUUGGGGACUGUACAGGUCCCACAAGAACGUGAAGAUGACUGAAUUCUUCAGUAAAAACUUCAGUGAGGACCGGUGGAGGAAGGCUGCCUUGAAAAAUGCAUUCUCUUUGCUUGGCAAGCAACGUUUUCAGCACUCGGCUGCUUUCUUCCUUCUCGCGGGGUCUCUGAAGGAUGCUGUGGAGGUCUGCCUUGAGAAGAUGCAGGACUUGCAGCUAGCCCUGGUGAUAUGCAGGCUGUAUGAAUCUGAGUUUGAGACCUCUUCCACAUACAAACGGAUCCUCCAGAGAUAUGUCCUGGGACAGGACCACCAGAUCCCGACACAUCAGGACCCCUUCUUGCGCAGCAUGGCACACUGGGUCUUGGAUGACUAUAGUCGGGCCCUGGACACACUGCUGGAGCAACCUAGCUCCUCUUCCAAACCUGGAGGACAUGCAUCACAGCAGAGUACCACGGCCAUGUCUCCCUGUAACCCUGAGGUUUUUAACUUCUAUACCUACCUCAGAACACACCCCCUGCUGCUUCGCCGCCAUUUUGGAUCAUCCGAUCGUGCCAAAGUAGGGUUGACUGCAGAGAGUCGAAGAGCUGACUCCAUCAGCCUGGUGGAGCGGAGGCUCUUCUUCACAGCUGCUUACGCGCAUCUUCAGGCUGGCUGUCCCAUGCUGGCUCUUGAGGUCCUUUCCAAGAUGCCCAAAGUUGUGAAGAGGUCUAAAACUCUCUUCAACCAGGAGAAUCCUUCCGAUUUCUCUAGCGGGAGCAAAAAAGACCAGGCAUCAGGUCUUGACUGGUCCCAACCGGUUCUUAAUGGCUUUGAUUCCAUUUCCUCCCUCUCCUCCCCUCGAGAAGACCACAGCCACACUGACUCUGUGCUCAGCUUUGACUGGAGUCAGCCUUCCUUGACCCUGCAGGAUGAACCUCUGGAGCUUAAGUGGGACAGUGACAAAGAUGGCAGUGAAGAUGAAGAAGAGCGAGGCUUGUCCAUGAAAGCAGUCCAGCCUCAGGAGAGCUCUGCUGUUCCUCCAGAUGCUACCUCAGUUUCAACGGACGCAUCUGUGUCCAAUGAAGACGACGUUGCCCUAUCCGAGGACAUACUAGCCGCCCGGCUCAAAUUCAGCGCCUGCCUGAAAAUUCUCACAACCGAACUGCGCACGCUGUCCACGGGCUACGAACUGGAUGGAGGAAAACUACGUUACCAGCUCUGCCACUGGCUGGAACGGGAGGUGGAGGCACUGCAGGGGUGCUGUGGCUACAACCCAGACCUCCAGCGUCCACCUGGGGGAAUCUCAGUGGACACGAGUCCAGACAAGGAGAGCAUGGACCAAGCUAAGGAGCUGCAGCGUGGUCGUAGGCGUUGGCUCCAGAGGAACCAGCCUCUGCUGCGCAUCUUCCUGAGCUACUGCAGCCUACAUGGGUCACAUGGCGGCGGACUGGCCUCAGUCCGGAUGGAGCUCAUCCUACUUCUGCAAGAGUCACAGCAGGACGACAGCGUCCAGACUUCAGCCCUCAUUACUCAGCAGCAAGCCUCUGUUCCCCUUCUGCUGGCGUAUACGGCAAGUUUCAAAACUGUGGUUGCCAACCCCAUUGUCCAUCUGACCAAUCUCACCCAUGACAUCCUACACACGAUCAAUGCCCUGGACUCGCCGCCACACCCGGACGUCAUCAGUAACAAGAUUUAUGUGAUGCACACAUUGGCUGCCUCCCUGUCUGCCUGCAUCUAUCAGUGUCUCUGCGAGGGCCACAAUUACAGCCACAUCAACCAGUUCACUGGUAUUGCCUACCAGAGUGUCCUGCUGGCCCAUCAACACCCAGUCAGAGCUCAGAGUAUGGACGAGACGAUCCUUCCCAACACCUCUCCUGCACAGUGGCCUGGUAUCGGGGCUCUGAUUCGGCUACUGAAUGUGGCAGGUGAGGAGAAUCAGCCAGGUUUGGCGGUUUUGCUCUGUGAGAUCCUGACUGCUGUCUUCCUCAGCCUGUUUGUACAUGGACUUGCUACCCACUCCAGCAACGAGCUCUUCCGCAUAGUUGCGCACCCACUCAACAGCAAGCUGUGGGUCGCUGUAUUUGGCGGUGGAGCCCGCAUUCCUGUGGUGGAGAAACCCAGUGUGUCACCAGUGUCGGCUGGGAGUGAGGAGCCAGGAGAGAGGAGACAGAGACGCUUUAGAUUGAUGUCAUCCAGGAGUGGCUCCAAAGAGAUGCCUGAGAGUCCAUCCAGUCCUGUUAACCCUGUGGUAGAGCAGGAAACCUCCAUUUUUAAGGAGCGGUUUGUCCCCCCGGAACUCAGCAUCUGGGACUAUUUUAUUGCCAAGCCGUUCCUGCCACCCUCUGAGAGCCGAGUGGAGUAUGACUCAGAGGAAAGCCAGGGCAGUGAGGAUGAGGAUGACGAAGAAGAUGAAUUUGGAGACUUUUCUGACUCAAGCUCUCCACUACAAGAGCAUUCUAAUAACAAUUCUUACAGUUGGUGUCUGAUGCGCUUGGCAAUGGUACAAAUUGUCCUUGCCAAUUUGAAAUCAUUCUAUCCCAUGGCUGGACAUGACUUAUUGGAUUUGCCGGUUGGCUCGCCGCUGUGCCACGCUGCGUUGAAAACCCUGCAGCGGUGGGAGCAGGUGCUGCUUAAACGACUUGAAAUUUUUGGAGGUCCACCCCCAAAAUAUAUCUCUGCCCAUCCCAUGGAUGACGCUGCCACAUCUGGCCCAGCUCUGCUUCGACACAAAGCGCUGUUUGAACCCUCUAACACGCCCUUCAGGUCCCGACAUCGCUCGGCUCUGCCGGUCAAACGACUCUGGCAGUACCUGGUCAAACAGGAGGAGGUGCAAGAAACCUUCAUCCAAAACAUCUUCACCAAGAAACGUCAACGUAACGAGUCGAUUGAGGACAACAAUGAAAAUUUGAAAUAUUCACUGGUGGAGGACCCUAGCUUCAAUCAGAUAGAGGCAGAUCUGGGUUACCCUGGAGGGAAGGCGCGAAUCAUCCACAAGGAGUCUGACAUCAUCACUGCCUUUGCCAUAAACAAGGCCAACCGUAACUGCUUAGUAAUCGCUUCGACCCACGACAUCCAAGAGCUUGAUGUUUCCUCCAUCCUGGCCACUCAGAUCCUGACCUGGAUUGAUGAUGAAGCAGAGACGGAGGCCAAAGGGGGUGACGAUUUCCUGGUCGUCCAUGCCCGCGACGAUUUCAGCAUGUUACAUGGCACUACACCCUACACCCACAGCAGCCCUGGCACCCCCAUCAACAUGCCCUGGCUGGGCAGCCUUCAGACGGGCAGGGGCGCCGCUGUGCUUAUCAAAAGGAACAUUAACAACGUCAGAAGAAUGGCCUCCCACCCGACUCUACCCUACUACCUAACAGGGGCUCAGGAUGGUAGUGUGAGGAUGUUUGAGUGGGGUCACUCGCAGCAGAUCAUCUGUUUUAGGAGCCCAGGCAACUCCAGAGUCACCCGGAUAAGAUUCAACUACCAGGGUAACAAGUUUGGUAUUGUAGAUGCUGAUGGAGCCCUUAGUCUUUGGCAGACCUGUACAACAGGAAACACACCUAAACCAUACCUGACGUUGCAGUGCCAUAAUAAAACAGCUAAUGACUUUGUGUUUGUGGGCUCGUCUUCCCUUAUCGCCACUGCAGGGCUUUCCAGUGACAACAGAAACGUGUGUUUGUGGGACACUCUGGUCACUCCUGCGAACAGCUUAGUUCAUGCCUUCUGCUGCCACGACUCCGGUGCAACCGUGCUGGCGCUGGCGCCCAAGCAGCAGCUGCUGAUCAGCGGGGGCAGGAAGGGCUGGAUCGGCGUACUGGACCUCAGCCAGCGGCUCCAGCGCCAGAGCUUCCAAGCCCAUGAUUCGCCAGUCAAGGCCCUGGCCGUGGACUCCACCGAAGGCUGCUUCAUCAGCGGCUCGGCCGAGGGCAACAUCAAAGUAUGGAGCUUAUCCACUCAGAGUCCGCUACACCACUUCCCUAAUGAGCAUGCUCGACAGUCCAUAUUCCGCAACUUGGGCACAGGCGUCAUGCAGAUCGAGACUGGCCCGGCCAAUCACAUCUUCUCUUGCGGCGCGGAUGGCACCAUGAAGAUGAGAGUGCUGCCCGGCUGCCUGGGCGCGUACAACAGCAAUGCAAAGAUCGACGUGAAGUUCAUCAUGUAGCGCAUUCACUUGUAGCGAUCCUACAUUUUUUUUGCACAUGGUAAGACAAGCAAUAUGGCACGCGUCGCAAUCCCGAAUGAAGAGAUUCACAGUAGAUGUACAAGCAGCAGCGCAAGCUUUGCAUUAGAGGUCGGAUGAACCGGGCAAUCAUCAUUCAUUUGGGACUCUCUCCCUUGUGAGUGAACGACACAGGCACGGAAUAAUUGAUGAUUGUGAUGUCACAGUACAGCCCUCCCCACUUUAAAUUUUCCCAGCCAAUCAGGACUUAAAAACAAAAAAGCAUCAUGCUUCUGAAGCACACUGUAAGAUCAAAGGAUUUUCUUACACGCUGCACAUGCUAAGACCUAGUUACGAAUCAUGACGGGAAAGCAGGCCUUAAAAUAACCAAAAUUAUGUUACAGUGUUGUUGUAAUUGUGGUCUAGAUUUGAAUAGUGAUAAGUGUCCUUAGAUUUUUACCUAGAAAAGGCUAGGCCUGGCUCUCAUGUCAUUGGAUAUAACCCAGUGAUAAAUUAGUGCUUACACUGAUGUUUAUGAACUCCUUUAUGUUGCAUAUGUGGCUUAAAACAUAGAAAGGUCCUACCCACUGAAAGCUAUGUGAUAUAGGAUUUUUU